CAUAAAAUGUCCUCCGCCAACAGUUCCGGCAAAAACUAUGCCAGCAGCUGAUCCGCUGCCCGUGCUCUGCUCUGCUCUGCUGCCGUUGCCGCCGCUAGUCCGAGUACGAGUACAGAGAUGAUCCCGACGCGGCUGCUCUGCUGCUGCUACUUGCUGUCGUUCAUCUUCAUCGCCGUCGCCCCGCGCACGACCGAUUCCAAGCUGGUGACCAGCCUCCCCGGCUUCGACGGCCGCCUCCCCUUCCGCCUCCACACUGGGUACGUGGAGGUGGACCCGGGCACGGAGCUCUUCUACUACUUCGUCGAGUCGGAGGCCGGCGGCGAGGGCAACCCUUUCCUUCUCUGGCUCACCGGCGGCGACCGCUGCUCCGCCUUCAGCGGCCUCGCCUACGAGAUCGGUCCCGUCAGGUUCGUCCUGCAGCCCUACAAUGGCAGCUUACCACGCCUGCACAUCAACCCAAACUCAUGGACAAAGGUGGCACACAUCUUGUUCGUCGAUUCGCCGGUCGGUGCUGGAUUUUCCUUUUCCAAGCAACCCAAGGGAUACGAGGUCGGGGAUGUGUCCUCCUCGUUGCAGCUCCAUAACUUCCUCAUCAAGUGGUUCAGCGACCACCCCACAUACCUGAAAAAUCCUUUCUAUAUCGGUGGAGAUUCCUAUGCCGGAAAACUUGUGCCAUAUAUCGCACACAUCAUUUCACAAGGUAUUGAAGCAGGAAAUAGUCCCCACAUUAAUCUUAAGGGAUAUCUAGUAGGCAACCCAUCGACUGGUGAAAGCAUCGAUAUAAGCUCUAAAGUGCCAUAUGCUCACGGAGUUGGUAUAAUAUCAGAUCAAUUAUAUGAGACCAUAUUGGGGCAUUGCCAAGGACAGGACUACAUGUUUCCGACAAAUGAUUUGUGCGCCCAAGCUCUGGAUGAUUUCAAUCAUCUUUUGUCCGAAGUUCAGCAGGCCCAAAUUUUGUUGGACACCUGCGUUUUUGCGUCCACUCCAGCCCGGCCAGAAGCUGAUAGUGGGACCGAGUACUCGGGUGGUGCUGGUAGGAGGAUCCUAGUUGGAAAUCCACCACCUCGCCCUCCAUUUGGAUGUGUUACUUACAAGUACUACCUAUCGUAUUUCUGGGCAAACGCGGAGGUGACCCGAAAUGCUCUUGGGAUCAAGGAGGGGAGCGUGGGGGAGUGGGUGAGGUGCCACAACGCCGAUCUGCCCUACACAAUCGACCUCAGGAGCAGCAUUGAGUACCACCGGAACGUCACGGCCAAUGGUGGCUACCGUGCGCUUGUAUACAGCGGCGACCAUGACGCAGUGGUGCCGCACCUGGGGACACAGGCGUGGAUCAGGUCACUUGGCUUCCCUGUCGCCCACCAUUGGAGGGCAUGGCAUCUCCAUGGCCAGUCUGCUGGGUUCACCUUAACUUACUCCAACAACAUGACAUUCGCAACCAUCAAGGGUGGCGGGCACACCGCGCCGGAGUACGAGCCCGAGAGGUGCUUCGCCAUGUUCAGCCGAUGGAUACUCGACAAACAACUCUAGUACUCCUAACAGCCACGAUCAAGUAGAGAAGGAGGCAAGCCAGACGAUCAGAGUAUUGGGUACCUCCCCACUCCACUAUUCAGUGGUUUCGCCUACAUAUCAACUAUACUGCCUGGCAAUAUAGUUCGUACUAGAACAUAUAGGCGCGCGAUGCCCUCCGUCUAUAUUGGAGAAAAACACUUAAUAUAUUUUAGAAAAUACGGAUACUACAAAUAUCUUGUUAAGUAUGGUACAGAUAUAUGAGACAAAGAAAAUUCUAAGAAGAUACAAUAAAUCUGCAUUUUGGUGCAGCAGACAGAUUUUACAAAUGCAGGGUUCAGAGGGAUCACACCGAUGCUAUUGCUAUGUGUUAGGAUUUAAUUAAUCCUAUUAAUCCAUGCUUAAGGAAUAGAUCGCGGUUGCCAUAUGGAAACCGACGUUUUCCUAGCGCCUUCUGGAACAGACACCUUUUCACUUGGUGUCUUUUGUAACUCUAUAUAUAGAUGUAUUCAUCAUCAAUAAAGAUUACCCCGAUUCAUUUGUUC